CACUAUAAAUAAAUCAAUCAUUAGUCCAACACAAUCCCAGGCUUAUAGCAUUUCAAAUCCCCUAAACAAAAUUUUGAUCAGCUUGACUCCGGCCGAUCGAUCGUGUUCGAAGCCGGUGACGAAUGGAUCUCAGUAGAAUGAGUCUGCAUCAGAUAACUCUGAUGGGAGUUGGAAUCUGCGUGAUGUUGACAAUGUAUUUCACGGUUCAACUGAUGAAGCAGCAUCUCUUUUACUGGAAAAACCCAAAGGAACAGAAAGCUAUUAUCAUAAUAAUUCUUAUGGCGCCAAUUUAUGCGGCUGAUUCUUUUGUAGGUUUGUUGGAUAUUAGAGGCAGCAAAGCCUUCUUCAUGUUUCUGGACUCCGUUAAGGAAUGUUAUGAGGCUCUGGUGAUUGCCAAGUUCAUGGCUCUGAUGUAUAGUUACUUGAAUAUAUCGAUUAGCAAAAACAUUGUGCCGGAUGGAAUUAAAGGAAGAGAGAUUCAUCAUUCAUUUCCAAUGACUCUUUUCCAGCCUCAUACGGUCCGGCUGAAUCACCAUACACUGAAGCUCCUCAAGUACUGGACAUGGCAGUUUGUUGUCAUCCGCCCAAUAUGUUCCAUCUUGAUGAUCACCUUACAAAUUCUUGGGACGUAUCCCACAUGGUUGAGCUGGACAUUUACCAUCAUUCUGAACAUUUCUGUUUCAUUGGCAUUAUAUUCUUUGGUGGCCUUUUACCAUGUUUUUGCUAAAGAAUUGGCGCCACACAAGCCACUUGCAAAGUUCAUGUGCAUCAAGGGCAUUGUUUUCUUUUGCUUUUGGCAGGGUGUAGUGCUUGAGAUACUAGCAGCCAUGGGCAUCAUUCGGUCUCAUCAUUUCUGGUUAGACGUUGAGCACAUUGAGGAAGCUAUUCAGAAUGUAUUGGUAUGUCUGGAAAUGGUAGUCUUUGCUAUUUCCCAGCAGUAUGCAUACCAUGUGGCACCCUACAGUGGAGAUGUUGACGCUAAGUUGAAAUUGAACAAGAAGAAUGAGUGACAACAGAGCCCAAAAAUUAUGAACUCCAUAUGGUAUGAAUCCAAACACAUCAUUUAGACUGUAUUCCUCCAGUGUGACACUUGAUUACGAAAGUAUAAACAUUGGAUAUACCUUUUCUGUUUCAGGGAUUUCUCUGAGGUAGACAAACAAAUUUGUUACAGAAAAAUACAUGUGUAUUAGAACUGAUUGUAUUGCUAAACUUUUGGCCAUACAGUUUGAGGGAAUUCCAUUUCCCAGCUUGUUUUCAUGUUUUACCGUAAUAAAAAGUAAUCAAAGAAGUUAGAUGGUUUAUAGAGA